CAGGACUAAAACUGAAUCCCCUGCUGGUCAGCAUGCAUGCUCCGUACGUGUCAGCGCUGCUCUUUCUUCUGCUGCUGAGCUUCCUGCCUCCUGCAGAGGGGAGCGAGGCGGCUGGCAGGAGGGAGGAGAGGGAGAAGCGAAGCGUGCCGUACUGGGGCCUGUGGUCGUCUGACUUUUUCGGAUGGAUGGAGGAGCUGCGAGCCCAGGCGGCCGAUAAUGGGAUGCUGGACUUGGCUCGCACCUUCUGGGCUCACUUCCCCAUCAGCAGCGAGCUGGGCUAUGACAGUCCCGAGCCCGAGACUGAGGCUGAGGAGUGAGAUGAAGGGUACAGAUGGAAAACUGAAAGAUGUUAGUACAGGAAGAAGUUACCUGUAUUACCUGUUUAGAUGUUUACUAGAAAAAAAUCAUCACAUAUGAUGAUAAUCAUUGUUAUUAGAGUUUUUUACAUGCUUUAAACAUUGCAAAAAAAAACAAAACAAUGUCAGUGUGCAUUUUAUCUAAACAUGUUUACAGCAGGGAGAUGUAAUGUGGGA